ACGCGCUCUUGCUGGAAGCGGUCCAGAGGAAGGGAAAAUGGCGGACCUCGAAGACGUUACCCUGGACGGGAAGCCGCUCCAGUCCCUUCGCGUGGCCGACCUGAAAGCCGCCCUGGAGGAGAGAGGCCUGUCGAAAAGUGGCCACAAGAACGCCCUCGUCAAACGGCUGAAAGGGGCUCUCAUGCUGGAGAAUCUGCAGAAGACCUCCACUGCUCAGGUUGGACUGCAACCAAACUCUCAGAUUGGUGAGGAAAUGAGCCAGAAUAGCUUCAUCAAGCAGUAUCUCGCUAAACAGCAGGAGCUUCUGAGGCAGCGGCUCGAGAGAGAGGCUCGUGAAGCCUCUGAAACUAACGAGCAAGAGGACCACACAGAAGUAAAUAACAGCACCCUAAGCCCUGCUCAAGCCCAGGAUGCAACCCAAGCCUCUGACCUUCAGAAGUCACCACGCCCCUCUGACGGAGACAGCCCUUUUGCCGCAGUAAAUGAGGGAGGAGCUAACAGCAACCAGGAAGCUCACAUGUCUCCUUCUCCUGCUUCUGGCUCAGUCCCCGGCGGUGACCACCAGCCAGACAAGAGGGCUGCGGCCAGCGACUUCUUGGCCGACAGUGACGAUGAUGACAGUGAGGAUGGCGACGACGACGGUGACGACGAAGACUGGGACAGCAACAUCCGAAGGAGAACGCCGAGACAGCCGGCCAGAGGGCCCUCAACACGGGAGAGGUGUGGAGCAUCUUGUCAGCCUCAGCAGCAGCACAUCCCUUCCCUUUUGUCUCCUCAACUCCGUCAGCCAACCCCUCCCCCGUCCCCACCUCCAGAGCUAUCAUUCCCCUUACCUGACACCCCCAAACAGAGCCCCCCGAGUCCGGAUGUAGCCCCAGCGAGGCGCUCGCCCAGUAGCUCCAGCUCUGGCUCCUCGAGCAGCGAUAGCCGCAGUAGCAGUCCAGAACCGCACCGAGGUGGACACGUGGAGCGCAAACCUGGUCCGUUAACCCUUCUGGCACGUAAAAUGGAAUCGGAGGGCGCUUUCUCUGGAGCCAGUUGGCACGGUGGAAAUGGGGAAGGUGGCAGGAAGGACAGCAUUUCACCAUUGGCCACAUCAUUUUCUGGCACAGAGCACACUGGAGGUCUCAUAUCCGCCAACACUCACACAGACUCUAUGCCUGGUUCUACGGAACCAGGCAUCAUCAACCAGAGCAUUGGCGGAGCCCAUUCAGCCCAAAGUCCUGUGAGUGGGCUCAAGGCUUCCGCAGUGAAAGAGCGGGAUUCUGAACUAGAGGCUCUUGAGUUGGAAAGAGCGAGGUUAAGAACCCAAGAGGAAGAGCAAGCAAAAGAGGAAGAGCGAAAGAGAGCUCUUGAAAAAGAGGAACAAGAAAAAGCUUUGCAGUUGGAGAAAAAACUUGCUUUGGAAAAGGAGAGGCAGGAGAGAGAAGAAGCUUUGGCCAAAGAGCAGGAAGAGGCCAGAGAGAGAGCUCUAGAGCUGGAGAGGCAAAGGGCCUUGGAGCGAGAACGUCUCCAGGAGAAGGAGAAGGAAAAGAAAGAGAGAGAAAUGGAGAAGGCAAGAGUCAAGGCCUUGGAACGGGAACGAGUGGAACGAGAGAAGGCUCUUAAGAAAGAAAGGUUAGAAAGAGAAAAAGCUUUGGAAGCGGAAAGAAAAGAAAAGGAGCGGCUUGAGAAAGAGAAACUAUUGGAGCAGGAACGGUUGGAAAGGGAGAGACUAGAGAAAGAGCGAAUAGAAAAGGAAAAAGCCUUGGAGAGAGAGAGACUCGAGAGGGAGAAAGCCCUCGAGCUUGAGCGGUUAGAGCAAGAGCGACUAGAAAAAGAGAAAGCCUUAGAGCAAGAGCGACUAGAAAAAGAGAAAGCCUUAGAGCAAGAGCGACUAGAAAAAGAGAAAGCCCUAGAGCUAGAGCGACUAGAAAAAGAGAGGGAGAAAGCCUUAGAGCAAGAGCGACUAGAGAGGGAGAAAGCCUUAGAGCAAGAGCGACUAGAGAGGGAGAAAGUCUUAGAGCAAGAGCGACUAGAGAGGGAGAAAGCCUUAGAGCAAGAGCGACUAGAGAAGGAGAAAGCCUUAGAGAAGGAGCGACUAGAAAAAGAGAGGGAGAAAGCUUUAGAGCAAGAACGACUAGAAAAAGAGAGGGCGAAAGCCUUAGAGCAAGAGCGACUAGAGAGGGAGCAAGCCUUAGAGCAAGAGCGACUAGAAAAAGAGAGGGAGAAAGCCUUAGAGCAAGAGCGACUAGAAAAAGAGAGGGCGAAAGCAUUAGAGCAAGAGCGACUAGAAAAAGAGAGGGCGAAAGCAUUAGAGCAAGAGCGACUAGAAAAAGAGAGGGCGAAAGCAUUAGAGCAAGAGCGACUAGAAAAAGAGAGGGCGAAAGCAUUAGAGCAAGAGCGACUACAAAAAGAGAGGGAGGAAGCCUUAGAGCAAGAGCGACUAGAGAGGGAGAAAGCCUUAGAGCAACAGCGACUAGAAAAAGAGAGACUAGAAAAAGAGAGGGAAAAAGCCCUAGAGCAAGAGCGACUAGAGAGGGAGAAAGCCGUAGAGCAAGAGAGACUAGAAAAAGAGAGACUAGAAAAAGAGAGGGAAAAAGCCUUAGAGCAAGAGCGACAAGAGAGGGAGAAAGCCUUAGAGCAAGAGCGACUAGAAAAAGAGAGGGAGAAAGCUUUAGAGCAAGAGCGACUAGAAAAAGAGAGGGAGAAAGCUUUAGAGCAAGAGCGACUAGAAAAAGAGAAAGCCUUAAAGCUUGAACGACUAGAACGGGAGAGAGCCUUAGAGGAAAAGCGACUAGAGAGGGAGAGGACAUUAGAGCAAGAGAGACUUGAGAGGGAGAGAGCCUUAGAGCGAGAGCAACUAGAAAAAGAGAAAGCCUUAGAACAAGAACGACUAGAAAAAGAGAAAGCCUCAGAGCACCAGCGACUGGAGAGGGAGAAAUCUUUAAAGCAGGAGCGACUAGAACAAGAAAGACAAGAGCGAGUGAGAAUUCAGACGUUAGAGAGCGAUAAAGCAGAAGAGCAGAGGAGGUUAGAGUUUGAGGCCGGGGGAAAUAAAAACUCAGGGCUAGAUUCUACUCUUGAUAAUGUGAGGACAGAGGAGGCCAUAACAGUGGGAAGGGUUUGUGAAGAGGAUAGUUUGAAGAAGAAAAUAACCAAAGAGUUAGACACUGAAGUCCCUCCAUCUAAAUGUGGCAGAGAGCUUGGUCUUACCCCUCCCACUGCUCCCCUUUCCACAGGACCAGGUCAAAAAACAGAGGCAGGGGACCAGGAAGAUGCCAAUGCUCCAAUGUCACCAACGUCACUGUCAUCUUCCAAGUCAUCGUUCAGGAAGUUCCGGUUCUCAAGGGACUCUCCAAUGCGACCCCCGUCUUCUACCCCUUCCAUGGUUCUCAAGCGUCCCCGCACCUUCUCUGAUACCCCCCCUGUCUCCUCCAGUCUUGGAGAACAGAAGGAAGGACAUCAAACGUCUGCUGUACGGGAUGUUGGUGCCAAACCACUGCGUCCAGUAGGCAGCCAGUCUGAGGAAGUCUCUGAUUUGAACAAGAACAGUUCCAAAGAAAGUUUCUCAAGUCAGGUAUCAAAGGACAUUGCUAAGGACGCUUCCGUGAUGCAGGAGGAAUCGGCCACAGAGAAAGCAAAAGAUGCUGGUAAAAGGGACAAAGGUCCUUCAAAGCCAGCCGAUGCUACACAGUGGCAAGAAAGAGAUGGAAAGAGAGAGAACAAGAAAAACAGAAAACGUUCAUCCUCUGACUCCUCCUCUUCUGAGUCAGAUUCUGGGUCGUCGUCAUCUCGGUCUUCUUCCUCAUCCUCCUCAUCUCCUGAGAAAUCAUCCAUUUCAAGAAGUAGAAGGGGGAAAAAACCUGAAGGAAGUGUGACUACUGUGCCUCAAGAUGAUAGUAUAAAAGAAAUCUCAAAGCCCUCCCCUUACAAGACUAGCACAGCUGAUAAUGGAGCUAGUCAGGCCAAGAAACCAUUCCUUGAUUUGACACCCAGAGAAGAGAGGAAGAGGAACGCCAGCGAAGGAUUGGAGGACAAAGACGAACAAAGGAAGGGGAUUGAUUCUGCAAUGGCAGAUUCAGAAAAGGUUCCAGAGACCAGCGAGGAGACACCAAAAGCCUUCACAGCUCGGAAGAUCUCUAUUGGCAACAACAAGUCUUCUCCAGGCAGAGGCAGUACAGACACCGAUCCAGAGUCUGGGACUGGUCGCAAGAGAAGGUGGGGUUCCAGCACCGUGGUCACGGUGAAGAAACCUUCUAUUAGCAUCACCACGGAUUCAUUGAAGUCUUUGAUCCCAGACAUCAAGCCAUGUACAGGCCAGGAUGCUGUGGUGGACCUGUAUCCUGAGGAGGUUGUCCUGUCCGGCGCCGAAGAAGAAGAUCCAGAGCGCUCGGAGCAGGACCUUCAGAUCAGACGCACUGUCACACAAGUGGUGCCAUCCGACAGCCAAGAAAAUGGACAAAGGGAGGCAAAGAGGAGCAGAUGUGAAGAGGUGGAGGUUAAUGACGUACAGGGAGACGCAACUCAUGAAGACAAAACCACAGUUCCUGAAGUCAUGGGGAAUCAAUCACCACCCCAACCCAGCCAAGAUGUAGAACUCAGCGCUGUGACCACGGGCGAAACCCUGAUCCGGCGCUCUAUCAGCCAGCAGAAAACAAGUGUUUCCAUCACCAUUGACGACCCUGUGCGCACAAACCGACAGCCUUCUCCUCCACGCGGCAAAGUUUCCAACAUCGUUCAUGUCAACAACCUGGUGAGGCCGUUCACGCUGGGCCAGCUGAAGGAACUGCUGGGCAGAACUGGCACGCUGUUGGAGCAGGGCUUCUGGAUCGACAAGAUCAAGUCCCACUGUUACGUCACUUACUCCAGCUCAGAGGAGGCGGUCGCCACACGGGAAGCUCUUCACGGGGUCAAGUGGCCUCAGAGCAACCCGAAAGUUCUCAACGUCGACUUCUGCCAGCAGGAUGAGCUGGACUUCCACAAAGCCUUGGGCACGGCGGACAAGCCCGCCGCCGAGGAGCAGUGGCUCGGUUCCACCCGUUGCCUAGCGACCGGCCUGCCGUCCCUCCUCCCUGGCCGAGACCAGUGGGCGGAGCGGGAGCGGGAAAUGGAGCGGCGGGAGAAGGCCCGAGCGCAGCGCGAGUGGGAUCGCGACAAGGUCCGGGAGUUUGGGAAAGGCGACGACAAGGAGGCGGGGCCCCGGAGGUCUCGCUCGAGAGAGAAGCGACGCAAGGAGCGGGCGAAGAGCAAGGAGAAGAAGACUGAGAAGAAAGAGAAAGCAGCUGAGGAACCUCCGGCCAAGCUUCUGGAUGACCUGUUUAGGAAAACUAAAGCGGCUCCUUGCAUUUACUGGCUGCCACUGACCGACCAGCAGUCCGUGGCCAGGGAAGCUGCCAGGGCCGAGCGCAUGAAGGAGCGGGAGAAACGGAUGAAGCAGCAGCAGGAGGAGAAGGAGAAGAAAAGGGAGGAAGAGCGCAAGGAGAGAAUGAAAGGCGGCGGCGUGGCGGCAGGAGAGCGGAGCGAGGGCGAGAAGGACAAAGACAGAGAGCGGGACAGAGGUAAAGAGAGGGAGCGGGAGAACGACAAACGCAGGGAUGGCUGCCGCAGGCCGGGGGCGAGCGGGGAGAGCGCCGGCAGACGCUCUCGGAGUCGCAGCGACCCGCGGGAUAGGCGGCGCUAGCCCACGGAACUCUCUGCCUUCUUCCAUUUGCCUUUCACCCUUUUCUUUCCAGUCCCGCCCCGCCAAGGACCAACACGUCUGGCCUGCACAGUGACGUGCGGUGAGGUCGUCUUCCCAUUCACGCUUGCGUCUCUUCGGUGUAGAAAACAUCUUCUCUCCCAAAUGUGCAAAGUUAGCUAUUUUUACUGAAGAAAAUGUAAAAAAACCAAAAAAAACCCGACUGUGAUCAUGCUGAAAAUACGUUUAUAAAACACGUCAUGGACAAA